AGCAAAGAAGGCGGUUCCCGUAUGGUCACCAUUCGCCAUGAUUCCAGAGGGUCAUUCGUACACUGUGUAUGGAUUUUCCGAAAACCUCGACUGGAGCACACUGAACUUCGUGAAACCCGUCGACGACAUCAGAGUGUGCAGUGCUUGCGGAGUGGUUGCUAGGAAGACCGCCUUCAUGCCAUGUCGCCAUGUUUUGUGCGAACCCUGCUACGAGCACUGGAAGUCAAUAGGCAGCCAUGUCUGUUUCCUCGAUGGAGAGCUGUGUCCAGAAAAAGAAGUCCAUUGGAUGGAGUUUCCAGCGGAGAAAAUGAUGAGGUGUGAGGUCAGCUGCUGGAACAGAAGAAACGGUUGCGAGACCAUCACUGAUGUUUCAAGCAUAGCAGAGCACUUUCACCGAGACUGCGCCUACCACUGCACGUGUUGCCCAAAGUGUUCAUCGACGGUUCUUCGGAGAGACAUCAUCGCACACCUUGAAUCACACUGUGCCAACUACGUCUUGCACAGAGAGUCGAGAAUGCGGCAUAGCGAGGAUGUUUCAGAGGAUGUGCAAUGUCUUCAAGAAGGUCUUCGUUCCUUACAGACGGCAUUUCUAAAAGCAAGCCAGAAUGAUGCGUCAUUGCUGUCGAGUCUUCGGGACACAACAGCAAACAAUGAAGACAACCAGAACCCCCUUUUGGCGAUGGUAGAUGAAGUGGGGAAGGUGUCACAGUUGACGCGGCAAGCAUUGAUUGAGGCAGACAGAAGCAGAGAAAGACGCGCGAAUCAAAGUGUGGACUUUAAGAAUUUCGGAGAGAGGCUCUGCGCGGAGUUAGACGAAAUCAAAAGGACCGCCGAUGAGGGGUGGUCCUGUGAGACAGCGACCCGUCACGAAAAUAUGGAGCGUGAGGAAUCUGUUCGAAGCUUGGAAUUGCAACAGAAGGAUGUGGCAGGCAUUUCCAGAAAACUAGCUGAAGCGCUUAGCAAGGGCUAUGCAUUGACAGAGGGCCCAAGCCUCCGCGUACGCACUCCUGCAGCGCUCAUUGAUCAACACGGUUUUGAAGUAGAAAGUAUCGUCCAUGUCAUUAAAAAUGAACUGAAACUUCCCGCCCGAGUCGUGUGGCGCUUCAGCAAAUGGUCGAAGAUCGCAUACCAUAUUAAAGCCAGUAAUUUUUUGUCUUUCGGCAUAGAGGUGGAUGUUGACGAUAGAUAUAUGUUAUGUCUGCAAAUAAUUACUCAUCCCGAUGACACACAGCAAUUUCAAUUUUGGCCUUUUAUGUUGACAAGGCAGCGCGGUACACUCCUAGCGUCCCCCAAAAGGAUCAAGUUGGCAUUCCUCAAUAGAGGAUGGAAAGGCGUGGAACACGAUCUUUAUCGCGCUACAUCUGGGGCAUUUCUGACCAACCGCUUUGGCGUGGAGGAUCUUGAAGGCGCCGGAAGCCUUCAGGACGACCAUCUAGCAGUGUGCUUCAGAUUUUUUUAUUAA